GUAAAGCAACAGUCGAGUGUACUGUAGUCGGGGGGUAUGCUAAAUGUUUCGGCUGUACUGUGGUGCAAAAUCUCCGCUGAAGCUGGUGUUUUUAACCGGCAGAAAUAUGUCGAUAGCGCCCACUGACCGUGGACCGGCGGGCGGUGACCAAAGCACCGACAACAGGUCGAUUCACUCGGACACCGUGGAGGAGGUCCAUAACAUCCCGAUGCAGGUCAUCAUCAGACCAUUUCCUCCAGUGCUGGACGAGCAGAAAGUCCAGAGCCUGAUGGACACAAUAAGGGAGACGGCAGAUAUCAGCGUUGUUCCUCCUAUUGAUGUGCUCUGGAUCAAAGGCAGCGAGGGAGGAAAUUACUACUACUCCUUUGGAGGCUGUCACAGGUUUGCUGCCUAUCAGAGGUUGAACAUGCAGACCAUUCCAGCAAAGAUCAUCAAAUCUAACAUCUCAGACCUAAGCACUUACUUGGGGGCUUCAACGCCUGAUCUGCGGUGAUGCUGGAGCAGCUUGGAGCUUUCCACCUCACUCCACCCCCCGCUUCAAAUGCACUUGCCUCAGGUGGAUCAUACAUAAUAUGGCUGUAACUCUCCUGUUGGUGACUGCGGAGCAAAGGCUUUGCCAGCAGGGGGAAAUGUAGCUCUUUAGUUAAAUAUGUUACAUUUUGUGAUUUGAAACAACUUAAAUGUAUGCAUGUUAAUCAUGAUAGCUUUAAUGUUGCCAAAUACCAUCUGCACAUACACAUUUAACAGUUUUCUUAAAGUUCUUUAUUUAAAAAAUAUGACAGCUGAGAUUGGGCUAAGAUAAGUUUUUUUUGUUUUGUUUUGUUUUUUUUUACUUAAAUCGACUUAUAGUGUGAAAGUAUGAAAGAGAAAAUGAAUUUAGCACAUCUUCAUGGCUCUUGGUUAUAAAAUGAAACCUUAGCAUCGAGCCCAAUAACAAUAGACAAAAGUGAGAGUGUCGAUCAUCUUACUUCAUGUAAGGAGAAAGGCGAGAUGAGCUGUCGGAGAAAACGAGGCACCAACUAUUCCAUAAACCCAAUUUUAAAAGUAUAAACCUAUAUAAAAGAAUUUACUACAAGCUCUCAAUGUUGCUGGUUUUAUUGGUGAUCAUGGAAUAAAUAUUACAACUAAUUUACCUACAUUUAUUAAUGAUUCAUUUUUUAAAAAGAAAUAAACACCAGUCUUAAAUUAAA